AUGGGAACUUUGACAGCUACUUCCCUUUCAUCAGCAUCAUCGCACCUUAAUUUGAUCCCAAGAAGACCCUUUGGAACAAAGAUUAAAAAUCCAAUCUUGCAUAAUCCGUUUAGCUAUCAACACCCCACCAAUUCACAUCUCCCUUCAUAUCAGUUCAAGAGAGCAAAAUUCGAGCUUUCCACAGCCAUCUCUUCCACUGACACUGUGCCAGCGGCUGAUCAAUCAUCCAAAGACGCUUCGUUUGGUCAAGAAACUGAGAAAUCAGAAAAAGAUGAGAAAUUUGAUUGGUACGCACAACGGUAUCCUGUGAUGCCUGUUUGUGAUCUUGACAAAAGGAGGCCACUUGGGAAGAAAGUGAUGGGAAUUGAUAUUGUUGUGUGGUGGGAUAGGAAUGAGAAUGAGUGGAAGUCAGUGGGGCAGGUUGCAGUGUGUUUAUCAUGGUUGGUGCUUUGGUGGUUCUGGCGAUUGCAAAUUCAUUCCUCAAGCACCCCCAGAUGGUCCUCCGAUCCAUACUCUAGCAAAGCAUGUGUAGCUGCAUAUCCAAGUUGUGUGCAAAAUGGCAUUCUUUGGUUUUGGCCUAAUGCUGAUAGUCAGUACAAAGACAUAUUUUCGAAGGAAAAGCCUCCAUACAUUCCGGAAAUUGAUGAUCCGUCCUUUACCAGUCGGAUGAUCACUAGAGAUAUACCAUACGGGUACGAGAUUCUGAUUGAAAAUCUUAUGGACCCUUCUCAUGUUCCAUAUGCACAUUAUGGCAUACUGAAAGUCCCACGGUCCUCAGAGAGUGUUGAGGCUGACAGGGAAGGAGGGAGACCACUCGAGAUAAGGGUAAAGACAUUAGACGUAAAGGGUUUCACUGCAAAAUCAUCGACAGUUUCAGAUCACAUAUUUAUUCCACCUUGUGUUUUUUAUUCCUGGUCAUUAGGAGGUACUCUAGAGAAUGUAACUACUUCACUAUCUGGAACCACAGAGAAUCCAUCGACACCUAAGCCGGUGAAGAAGGUACUUUUGGUGUUCCUAUGUAUUCUGGUUAGCCCGGGCAAUAGCAGAAUGAUAUUUACCUGGCCAAGGAAUUCUGGCGUCUGGUUAGAUCGUAUUGUUCCGCGCUGGAUAUUCCAUGUGAACCAAAAUCUAAUUAUAGAUUCAGAUAUGUAUCUUCUCCAUGUGGAGGUACUCCCUGGAACCUUUCCUCUUCUCUUUUCUACAACAGGGGUCCUUGUACGUGUCCAAGUCUUCAGUCAUGGUAAUUUGAGCAUCAGAAUGUCAAGGAAUUUGGGUCAUAAAGCUUGCUUUGUUCCUACAAAGGCAGAUGCCCUUGUGGUGGGCUUCAGAAGGUGGUUAAACAAGUAUAGCAAUGGUCAAAUUGACUGGGGAACAAAGUACACUGGAGCACUCCCACCCACUCCGCCUAGAGAGCAGCUUCUGGACAGGUACUGGAGUCACACAGUCAGCUGCAGGAGUUGCAAUCUAGCAUAUAAAGGGCUCAAUGCACUAGAGAUUGUGUUGCAAGUCUUCUCUCUUGCUUCAAUUGGAAUUGUUGCUGCUGCAAAACAGGGUGCACCAUCCGCAGCAGCAGAAAGCACUCUGGUCUCAGUGGCUAUUAUCAGCUUUUUGGUUUCCAAGUGGUUAUCCCACUUUGUUUACAAAAGCUUCCAUUUUCAUGAUUAUGAUCACGCAUCGCGCUGAGAUACAUGUGUCAGCUACUUAACCAGAGUUUUAGAUGAAAGAGAUGACAGGAAAAAUAUUUAUCAGUGUCUUUGUACGUGUAUCGCUUGGAAGCAUUUAGAUACAUAAUUCUAAGUACACACAUUCGCGUAGAGUCUGGUGCAGACAUUAAUAAGAAAGACCAAAGGUUUUUAUAUCAUCCUGUAAUUUAAUUUCUAAAUUAUAUGGCUGUACGUUGUGCAGAAUUUCCUC